AACACAAAGACUAAUUAUAUUAUGCUUUAAAUUUAAGGCAACAUUACUACGUACUUGCAUAAGGUAUCGAAGAUGGAGGGUACUAUUUCAGACAAAGCACAUAAAAGGAGAGGCAUAUGUAGUCCGGUGAUCAGUUCGCCAUCGGCCACAAGCAGUGGUGCUCCGCUCAAGUCGAACAUCGGCGGAUGGUGUAAAGGCCUAUCUGACUGUUUAAUUUUGGGGCCUAAAGUCUCACGCAACAUAAAACUUGUACAAACACCACAAUAUCACCAACUUCAGCAGGAAAAAGUGGAAGAAAGGGAGAAGGAAUUAGAGCAGCAGAAAGAGAUGAAGAGCAUGUACAAAAUGAGACUUGAAAGGACACAAAAUUAUUUGAGGUAUUGUCUUCAGGUGGCACAAGAUAAUGGUUUUCUAGACUUAAUCAUCAACAACAAAGAAAAACAACAAGAAUCAGUCAGUAGUAGUACUAGUAUCAUCCAUGCCACUGCCAGUCCACAAACACCACCCCAACAGCAACCCCACUCUGAUAUCACAUGCCUCAUUCACCAAGCCAAGUUGAAUGGCUGGAAUAUUGAACCCCACGAGAUAAGAGAGAAGAUAUAUACAAAUGGCCAGAAAAUCACUAGGAUUUUAACUCUUGACAUUACUGUACGUUCUACUUGGUGUGGCCGGCCUCUUGGAUACUGA